AUGACCUUUUAGUUUAGUACCCCUCUUUUAACCUAGCUUUGUAACAAUAGUCCAAAUCAUCGGAACCAACACACAACAAGAAAAGAAAACCACCUGGACUCACAUGGAGUCGUGAGUGAGGUCUUACAGAUUCCUUCCGGCCACCGUAAACUCUCGCUCGCCUCAUAUGGAUCUGCUGAUACUCGCCAACGCUGCCGACGCCAUGGAAACGGUGUCAGAUAUUGGUUCUCCUGAAGAAGCUUAUGAAGUUGUUGCUGGUGACUCAUUGGACUUCGAUUCUUGGACUUCACUCAUUACAGAGGUUGAGAAAACUUACUCGGACAACAUAAAAGCAAUAUCGUCAGUUUACGAGUCGUUUCUUUCUUGGUUCCCAUUGUGUCAUGGAUAUUGGAAGAAGUAUGCAGAUCACAUGGAACGGCUUUGCAAUGUGGAUAAGGCUGUUGAAGUAUUUGAACAGGCAGUGCAAUCUGCAACAUAUUCUGUUGGAUUGUGGGUUGACUAUUGUAGCUUCAGUAUACAUGCUUUUGCUGACCCAUUUGACGUUCGUCGAACAUUUGAAAGGGGGCUGUCUUUUGUUGGAAAGGAUUUCUUAUGUCAUCGAUUAUGGGAUUUGUACAUCCGAUUUGAGUUAACUCAGCAGCAAUGGAGUUUUCUUGCACACAUACUUAUCCGGGCCCUAAAGUUUCCAACAAAGAGUUUACACAAGUAUUACGACAAUUUUAAAGAGUUUGCUGCUUUUGUGGAAGAGGAUAUGUCAUUUUCAAGAAGUUCCAAUCUUGAACCAUUUGUAGCUGAAUCAAACAUAGAAGCCGUCACGCCUGAUGACGAAAUCUGUAACGUCAUUAAGGAACUGCAAGAUUCCUCCAGUGUUGACCAGAGGUCAAAAGCUCUAAAUAAAUUAAUUGCCAUUGCGGAGCUAUAUUAUUACAAAUCAUGCGGAUUGCAUGAAGAAAUAGAUUACUUUGAGAACUAUAUGGAGCGAGAUCUUUUUAAUGUAAAACCACUUGAUGACGAGGAUCUACAAAACUGGCAUAAUUAUCUGGAUUUCAUUGAGAAGCAAGAGGACUUUGACUGGGCUGUAAAAAUCUACGAAAGAUGCUUAAUUCCUUGCGCUAAUUACCCUGAAUUCUGGAUGCGUUAUGUGGAGUUUAUGGAAUCCAAAGGGGGACGAGAACUAGCAAAUUUUGCUUUGGAGAGGGCUACACAAGUAUUUCUAAAGAAUGUGUCAGAGGUGCACAUUUUCAAUGCAAGAUUUAGAGAGAAAAUAGGAGAUAUUGAGGGAGCUCGUGCUGCGUUUCAUCUUUGUGAUACUGAGUCUGAUUCGUCUAUAGUUGAUACUGCAAUACAUGCGGCUAAUAUGGAAACACGUCUGGGAAAUAUGGAUAAAGCUUUGGGAAUUUAUGACAAAGCACUCAAAAUGGCAGCAGAGAAGCAGAAAAUUAGUGUCAUUCCCAUCCUGUAUAUUCACCUUUUCCGCCUUAAAUUUCUGAUCACUGGUAGUGCAGAUGCUGCUAUUGACUUGCUAAAAUCCGGUAUUCAGCAAGUGCCUUUUUCUAGAUUACUUCUAGAGGAAUUGAUAAAUUUUGCAAUGCUGCACGAAGGAUCAAGACAUUUGGAUGUAGUGAAUGACGUUGUCGGUACCGCUAUAACUUGUGGAUCAGAUGGAUCCCAAGGUUUAAGCUCCAAAGAUCGCGAGGAUUUAUCAAAAUUGUAUUUGAAGUUUGUUGACUACUGUGGAACAAUCCAUGACAUAAGAAAGGCAUGGAACCGUCACAUAAAAUAUUUUCCACGUCUCAUAAGGAGUAGUACCUUUUUACACAAAUACCCUUCCAAUCGGCUUUCAAAUGAACCCAAAAAACCAAGAAAAAAGACCCCUCGUCUUGUUUCUAAGCAGCCAUCAAGGGUUCGUAGUAUUGAGCGUGAAGAACACAAGUCGUUGACUUCCAAAAGUCAACCCAUCGACACUCCCCAGCCUACAGUAAACCAGCAUAAAGAAAAGGAUAAUGACAUUUUCUUGAAGAAAAGCACCCGUUUUCAGCAAUCCGAAGAUGAUGCAGCCGGAGAAUUAGAAGGUUUAAAACAUCAACCUAGAAAUUUAUCACAAAACGACGAUCUACACGUAUCCCAAAAAGAUGAUCAAAUCACAACGAAUCCUUCUGUAUCCGAUCAAAACACUGUUCCGGUGACCGAAUCUGCUACGAAACAACACAAAGCAGAUGAACUUGAACCUGAACCAGAACCAGAAACGGACCCACAUCAAAUUCCUUCACGAAAUACGGAAACUUGCGAAACUAACAACAUGCUUACUGCUUCUGAACAUGUGCCAAAUGUGCAGCAGCCGCAGAACCCUGCUACUGCAGCCCAAUCACAUGUGUUCACCCACAACGGUCAACCAGUGGUGCAGUAUCCCGUGCAAAGUAAUGAACAACCAGGGGUGGUUCAGAACCCACAAACUUAUAACCAAACGUGGCAAUAUCAAUACCAGAAUCAGCAACAAUGGCUGCAAAUGCAACAGUACAUCCAACAACAACAACAACAACAACAACAAAAGCAGCAGCAGCAACAACAGUUUCAACCGCAACAGCAGUAUCACCAGUUUUAUCAACAGGAACAGUACCAGCAGUAUUGGCUACAGGUGUACCAGCAACAGCAACAGCAACAAUUGCAAGAAUAUAAUAUGCAGAUGCAACAAUACCAACAGCUACAACAACAAAUGCCAAAAGAUUUACAUCAGAAUCACGUGCAAAAGCUUGCUGUGAUGUCGAAUCUGAUGCAAAAUAUUAGCCAUGACCAACAGGGUCAAGGCACGAUGGCACCAAAUAUAACAAUGCCAUACACACAACUUAACCCUGCUAAUGUGGCGCUUCAACCAAUGGCAGCACCCACACUAGCACCAACAAACAUUGUGUCUAGUAAUCAACAGCGACCUUCAGAUUCCAAAUAGUUUCUCCAUCUUUUAAACUAAAUAUCAUCAGAAACGUUAAUGAUCAAUUUAACCUUAUUUUAGCUAUGACAUUGUAUGUAUAUGAGGUAGUUAAUUCCUCUCGUCAUGAAUGAUGAACCCCUUGAACACAUACAUGAAUCUGCUAACUGAAUCAAAUUGACAGGACCAUAAUCAGGUGCUUAUAGUUUCUGUUUUCAAGAUAAA